AUGCCUCCUAGGAAGAAGCACAAGAGUGCACCGGCGGUGAGCGGCCCCGACCGCAUAGGCGAACUCCCUGACUGCAUCCUCCAGCACGUGCUAUCGUUCCUCCCGGCGCAGGCGGCCGUGCAGACUUGCGUGCUCGCCCGCCGCUGGCGCCGCCUCUGGAGGUCCACCAGAUGCCUGCGCAUCGUUAACCUUCACGAUGAAAUCCAAUACAUCCGCAAGUUCGUGGACCAUCUGCUGAUCCUUCGUGAGCGCACCGACCUGGACACUGUUGAGAUCAAACUCAGUUGUGAAUACUGGGAAGAAGACGUGGCCUAUGUGAACCUAUGGAUCCGUUUCGCUGUCAUGUACAAUGUCCGGGUGCUCACCCUUCAUGUCUCUCAGUAUCGUUAUCUUCACCUACACGACCUGCCUCUUGCCUCUCGGCAUCUCACAACCUUGGACCUUUACGGUCUAACCCUAGAAAAGAACGUUCUCGGUUUCGCUAGCUGCCCAGCGUUGGAGAAUCUAAAGAUGAGUCUCUGCGAAAUCCAUGCUGGUAGGAUAUCGUCUCGUUCCCUCAAGCAUUUGACCAUCACUGACUGCCGCUCAGACUUGGAUGAUUGCCGGGUUCGUGUUUCUACUCCGGGCCUUGUAUCGCUGGAGCUACUUGACUUUCUGUGGAGAACACCUUUUUUUGAAAACAUGGCGCUGCUAGAGAGUGCACGUGUGAGUAUUAGCGAAUACUGCCAUGAUGAUGUCUCUUGGAAUUAUUAUGAUUCUGGUGUUCUCGAUGGAGCUAAUAACAAUGCAGGCAGCGAUUGUGUGCUUCUGGGUGGUUUGUCAAGUGCUAGGCACCUUGAGUUGCGAUCUGAUGGUACAAAGUACAUUUUUAGAAAAGAUGUGAAGCAUUGCCCGAUAUUUAGCAAGUUAAAGACUUUAGUACUCAAUGAGUACUGGUGCGAGGCUCCUGACUUCAGUCCACUAGCUUGCAUCCUGAAAAAAUCACCAGUUCUAGAGAAGCUCACUCUUCAACUUUUUUCCAAGGGACCAAAUCAUAAAGUGGAAAUAAAAGGAUGCUACAGCUCAACAGAGAGAUCAUCUGCAAUAUCUGAGCACCUUAACAUAGUUGAAAUCAAGUGUAACGUGGUGGACGAGAAGAUUCUUGAAGUCAUGAAGUUCCUGGAGGCAUUUAACAUACGAUUCAGUUCCGGGUAAAGGUGAGAAGAUCUGGGCUGCCACUGGAUCAGCCAUCUCUUGACUAUUGAAGAGUGCAAGGCUGAAGCAUAUAUACUGCGACAAUGUUUCUAUUUUUUGUUUUAUUUUUUUGCGCUCUAGAAUCCGCAAUAUAUCUGCUGGACUUGGUUUUACCUACCGUAUCCUG